CUCAAAUAUUCAUUAACACUAUUCAUUUAUGUAUGUUCAAUUCUUUUAAUCGGAACGCACAUUUAUUAUUAACACUAUACUCAUUUUCAAUAUAACAUAAAAUUUAUGUUGAUUAACAAGCUGAAACUUUUAACACACAAUAUUCAAAUAUAAUAUUAAAAUAUAAUAUUAAAUAUCAUCUUAAAAUUGGAAUUAGUCCUCCUGCUAUUCUGCGAUUCUCUAGAUCAAAAGUCGCCUUACUCCCUGCGAUUUGAAAACAAAGGCCGUGAGAUCCUGGAAUUAGUCAGCAAGCGACUUCAGCGUCCAGGGAGCGAGCAGCGUCACCUCCUUCACAAUUCGACUUCAGCCAGUGAUGAACAGAAAUCGAUCGGCGCCUACUCCCAACUCCCAGGAUCUCAGCGGCAGCACGAGAUGGAAGAACAGAUUGCCUAACCUUUACAGCUGGAAUUUUAAUUAAGGUUUAAAUACGUUUUUAGUCCCUGCAAAUAUGACACAUUUUGUUUUAGGUCCCUGCAAAAUAUUUUCCUUGUUUUUCAUCCCUACAAUAUGCACUAUUUUGCUCUUAGUCCAUCUCCAAUUCCGAAACUACUCUACUUACAACAAAAAUUAUUGUUAGUUAUAUAAAUCUAGUAAAAAUAUGUAGAUUUGUCCUUUUAUAAUGUUUUUGAGGCUAAUAUGAGAGUUAAAAUAAUCUAAAACUAAGUAUUCAUAUUUUGAAAAUAUUAUUAAAAACUUUCUAAAAAAUAAAGUAAAAUACUUUUUAAAUAACAUGACAAAGAAUUAGAGGAAAUGUAUAAAUCAGGGUUAUUUUGAGGUCAAACGGAGAUUGUUAUCACCAAUGAUGGACUAAAAAGAAAACCAACGAAAAUUGCAGGGACGAAAAACAAAAAAAUAAUUUUGCAGGGAUGUAAAACAAAAUGUACUAUAUUUGCAGGGACUAAACACAUAUUUAAACCUUUAAUUAAUUGCAAAAAUACCUGGUUGUACAGUGAGCACCGUACAAUCGGGUGUACGGUAUAAUUUACCUGAGUUCGUGCAGGGCUACUCAUGGCUCAUAUUCUUAAUACUCUAAUUUCAUGCUCUGCCCAUGAACUUUUGUUCCACACAAUUGUUUUGAAAUGUCUUGUGAAAUCUCGAAUUGUCCAGUAAAAUCUCCUAUGACGACGAUGCAAGCAGGAAUACCAGCAGACAUCAUUCUCACUGUACUCCUGAAACUUCCCGUCAAAGCUCUGCUAAAGUUUCAGUGUGUAUGUAAAGAGUGGGUCUCCUUCAUACGCGAUUCAGAUUUCAAGCACUCCUAUCGAAAUUAGCUCUGUUGAUCCCUUAAGCCAAGUUUAUGUCCGUGAACAGCUUGGCGAGUUCUCAGAGCAUUUUUCCUUUCUUAAAAAAAAAUCGCUUUUAUAGGCCUAUUAUUUUGGGUUGCUGCAAUGGCCUUGUGCUUCUCUCUUGUAGUGUUCAUAUUUUUCUUUGGAAUCCAUUAACCCGACAUUGUUCAAAAGUGCUUGAGCUCUUGACUGAGCCCAUAAAUGUCCCAAAGGGUUCAGCUUUUUACUAUGACUCUUCAAAUGGAGAUUACAAUGUCAUUAUAUUACUUCCCCAUUUGGUUCUUGUUGCCAGCCUCAAACAGAAAGAGUGGCGAGAGUUGUCCCUUUCAAUCAACCUGCGUUAUGGUAGAAAUGUCCUUCAAUUCCGUAAUAUAUUUCAUUUUGAAGCAAUUCGAUGGAGGAUGGAUCACUUUUCAAGAGGGUAUAAAAUCCUGUGUUUUGAUCCAGAGAGUGAAAAGCUUGAACCUUUCCCUGCACCCAAAGUAAAGGAUGGAGUAGUUCAAGAAAUAAGUGCUUUUGCGGGUUAUUGAGGAUCAUUUUUCUAUAGCUAUCCACCGUAGGUAUAACAAUACCACAAAAAUACUUUCCAUGAAGACAUAUGGUGUAGUUGAAUCCUGGGUUACUAUGUUUAUCAUCUUAGGGUCUGAAAACCCAAUUUUUCAUUAUGACAGAGUCACCUUUUAUUCUCUAAACAAGAAGGCUUUAAUUUGGCAUUUUUGUGGCCCACAAACAAUUUUCAUUCUUGAUAGGGAGACAAAAGAAAGAAAGACCAUACUAGAUAGCAAAGCAAGGAAAGACAUGGGUGGUGGACAUGAUGCAUGUCUGGUUGUUGAAAGUCUAGCCUCACCCCAUGAAUUCAUUUGGAUAGAUGAUCAACACAAACAUUUCUCAAAGGAGAUUAAAUUAGGAUGAAGUAGUCUGCAGAUUACAGGUCGUGUGGUUUAGCAAUAUCAAAUUUAAUUUCUCUGUUUUAUUGUGUUUUGAUAUAUUUAUUAAGAAUUAAUAUUGAGAAUAAAUUUAACAAUAUUAAUUAGAAAUACGCCAUUGCAUUUCAUUUCAUUUUGCUGAAUGCUGCUAAUGUGGCUUGCGCUUACGGGUAUGAGCCAUUACAUGGAAGUAUUUGAUAAGUAUUAAUUUCACAAUAGUUAAACAUAUCGUUGAACCGCCUGCCAAUACUGGCUUGAGUGCUUUGCCAUUUGUGAAUUGCAAGUUGGGAACUUGCUAAACUUGGGAUUAAAUUUCUCAUAGUAAUCAUCAUUGAGUUUCCAUAGCCAAUCAUAAGUAAAACAAUAGAAAUGUUGAUACAUAUAUAUAAUAUUUUUGCAAAACAUUUGGGAGGAAAAUCUUUUCAAAACUUUCAUACCAAUCAUAAGUAAAACAAUAUUUAUAAUAAAUCCUCAUAACAUAAUUCAUAAUAAAUCUAGUCUGGCUUGCUCAUCUAUGAUGAAAGGUUGCU